AUGUUUUACAGUUUCACGAUGGACGUUCCGUCGACCUCAGCACCAGCAGCGCAAACUGAAUUACCGCCAAUGGCGCAAAACGAGGAUAUGAAGAAGAUGGUGCAAGGACUAAAGGAUCUAAUGUCGUCACGGCGACCCCCUGUCAGUCGCGAUAUCCUCAAGAUCAAGAUGGAAUAUCUCGGCGAGAAGCGGUGCAUUGAGAUGGAUCGUCCAGUGUCUAUGAAGGCAUUGCAAGAUCAUUUACAGCGACGUUACGGCAAAGCGAUCAACAUGUACUAUCAACAAGGAAAAGGUGAAGUGGUUGUGUCCAUAAAGAAUCAAGACGAGUUGGACAGAGCUAUUAAGGUUCCUUACUCCACCAAUUGUUCAUCGUGUGGCGCGAGUCGGGUGUCAUUCGCCAAGAGCGCUGGGGACUCUUCUUGUUCCAGUGGUGUACAAUGGGACAUUGACGAAAGGAAGCUCAGCGCGCAGUCGCCUCGAGCCCCUACCCAUUGGAAGGAAGCAAAAUGCAUUGGUAGCGGAGCAUUUGGUAGUGUAUACCUCGCCUAUGAUGUGGACACAGGAAGGGAUCUAGCCGUGAAGAAAAUACCAAUUAUUCCGGAUAACAGAGAACUGAGUCGCGAGGCGCAAGGACUAGAGUUUGACGUGCAAGAACUCGGCCGACUGCAACACCCGAGGAUAGUACAGUACUUGGGAGUACAGAAAACUGCUGAUAGGAUUCUGAUUUUCAUGGAAUAUAUGACAGGAGGUUCACUUAAAGAACAUAUAGCUCUAGUAGGAAGCUUGUCCGACGCCGUCGCGAGAAGACAUACUGCUCAGGUAUUGGAAGGUGUAGCGUUUCUCCAUAAAAAUCACAUCAUUCACCGUGAUAUAAAAUCAGCUAAUAUUCUUCGAGAUUCAAUGGGUAACGUGAAGAUAGCUGACUUCGGAUCAGGGAAGAAAAUGCAAAGUUUAGCAAGUCAACAAGGGGCUUUUCAUAGCACUAUCCACUAUACUGCUCCAGAGGUUCUGCUAGGGAAAACGGCCUAUGGAAGAAAAGCUGAUGUGUGGAGCGUCGGAGUGACAUUGGUAGAAAUGCUCACCGGACAAGUCCCUUGGAAAGAGUUCGAACCUAUGGCAGCUAUGUUUCAGAUCGCCUAUGAGGAGCCGCGCAUAGAUUUACCGUCAACGGUUCACCCAAUAAUGGUUGAUCUUUGCAAAGUUCUAAUGAACAAGAACUUCGAAGAGAGACCAAUGGCCGCGGAGGUACUGCUCAACCAUCCUGCUUUCAAGUCCCAGUCAUAA